AUGAAUAAUCGUUCUGUUCUCCUCCGUUCUCUUUCUACUAUCAAUAAAAGUGAUGUUAAAUCACUCACUGACCAAAUUGCUAAUCUUAGAAUUUCAGAUAUUCCAGCUUCUUCUUCAUCUUCUAUAUCUGAUUCUGUUGAUUCUUUUGUUUCUCCUAAUUCUCAUGUGUAUUCAUAUAGUAAAAAUGUAUUAGAUCGUUUUUAUAAAAAUACUAAAGAUUCUGAUCUAAGACGAAGUGUAAUAGAUAAAACCAAAUCUUCUUUGAAUGAAAUACCUAGUACUAUAUGUGAUCUUACAUCAAAGUCUAUUGGUUUGUUUUUAAACCUUAGUUUUCGUAUUUUACCAAAUCAAGAUUCUUUUAUUACACAGAAAUUAAGAUUGCCUAAAACGAAAGAUGGUUUAAUUGCAUUUAAAAAUAAGCUUGGUUUAUCUAAACCAUCUAAUGUUGGGUUAUCUCAAAUAUCUUAUGAUAGUUUCAUGGAGAAAGCAACAAAUAUCUAUUCAGGAAUUUUGGUUGAUGCUAUUACAUAUAAUAAUAGUCAUUAUGGACGGUUCUUGGUUCUUGUUCAAUUAGGUCUUAGGUGUACAGUAUGGUAUGGUUUUCACCCUGGUGCUGAACUCGGCAUUCCUGUUGAUUGUAUAUUGUUUAAUCCAAUGGAAUCAUAUGAGAAUUUUAUCAACUAUCCCGAUACUCAUGUUCAGCAUGGUUUUAAUAAGAUUACAUUAGUAGAGAAUGAAGAUAAUAUCUUACCUAAGUUAGCUGAAGGUUAUACGAGUGAGAAACCAUUUUCUGAUGUAAAAAUACCAAAUGCUAGCGGUAGUGUUUUUAUGAGUGUUGGCCUUGGUUUAGCUAUUGUAAUAUUACUUUCAUUAGGUGUUUCUCCCGAUUUGAAUGUUAUAACUGCCUAA